GCGAGGCAGAAAAGCAGACAAGGCUGCCGGGUCCGUAGGAAAGUCCCAGCCAAAGAGCUGCCAAGCCCGCCCCACCUUUUCAGCCCAAUGGCCAAUCACCACUAGGGGCACAUUUUCAACCCGAACGGCAUCCAUUUUCGAUCCCUCUACAGCUGGAAGGAAUCCAGCAGCGAGAAUCGACCAGUCGUCGAGCCUCGCUCUCGAGGGCCCAAGACAACCCACGCAUGACAGUCGAUACGCAAUCAUGAACCGGCACAUCCUCCGCACCGCGCUCGGGCGCGCCGGCCCGAGCCCGACCGCCCGCAGCUUCCUCUCGCAGAACCCGCUCAGCACGCCAACACCGACCUCCUUCGCCCUCUUCUCAACCACAUCCGCCCGCGGGAACGACAGCAGCAGCAGUGGCAACGGCAACAGCAACAACGACCGCCCGCACCAAACCGCCGCAGUCGACAAGCUCGCCCAGCUCGGCCAGCGCCGCGCCACCAACAACAACGACGCCGAUUCGCCCUCCGAAGCACUACACCGACGAAGAGCCGCGCGGCGCGGCGGCAUCGACGCGCGCUCGCUGCGCGUCUCCCCGCUUGCCGGCACCGCAUCCACCACCCCAACCUCCUCCUCUUCGUCGUCGUCGUCCGCCUCCUCCUCCGCGCCGCGCAUCCUCAACGUGCGCAGCCUGCGCGGCGGUCUGCGCGGCGGCUUCCGCGGCGGGCGCUCGGCGUCGCUCCGGCGCGGCGCCGGGCCGGGGCUGGGCGAGUCCGGGCCCGGGGGCGACGCUCCGCUCGGCGGGCCCGAGUUCGGGCGGCCGCGCCUGGGCGGCGGUCGGGCCGGAUUUGGGUUUGGCGGGGUGAGUCGGAUGGGGGGACGGAAGGGUGGUGGUGGUUUCCUGAGUCGCGCUGGCGGUGGUGGUGGUGGUGGGCGGCGUUCUCCUAGGACUUCUCGGAGGCGGGCGCGCGGAGGCGGGGGCAAGGAGAAUACAGAGCGGGCUGGGACCGGGGACGAGGCCCGCGGGCAGAAGCUGGUGUGGUCGCCGGAGGAGCAGGCCGUGCUGGACCGGCUGGACAAGGGCGAGGUGGUGCCGUACGAGCCGAAGCUGACGCUGGACUCGCUGAGCGGGUACGGCGCGGCCAUCGCGACCGACGCCGCGCUGGGCCAGGUCGAGUCGGCCAUCCGCACGAUGCGGCUGAUGACGGGCGGCAUGGCCUUCAACUCCGACUCGGGCGUCACGACCGACCUCGACGUCGUCAACAAGCGCGCCCGCCAGGGCCUGCCUAUUUUCUUGCACAGCAAGGGUGAGAAGGACUGGAUCGAGCGCGGCCGCCGCGGGAUGCGGGUCGUCGAGGCCGACCCGGCGACCAAGAAGGCCAUCAUCGACGCUGCUGUCCGCGGCAAGUACGAGGCGCCCGGGUUUGCCGAGAUCAGCGACGUCAAGGCCACCAUGGCCAACUACCACUCGCGGACCUUCACCUACAGCGCAGCGGACUCGAAGAAGUUCAUCGACAAGGUGCUGUCGCUGCUGCCCGCGCAGGCGGGUUCUAAGCCUGGCGCUCAGGCGAAGCAAUGAUGGGAUGUGCAAGAAGGGGGGAUGGAGGGAGGGUGAGGUGAGGGGAGGCGCCAGUGCAUGUGCAUUGCAUGCAUGAUUGAUCCCCUCA